AUGAAAGGCACCACGGGCGGCCGCAGGGCCACGUCCACCGUGGCCACCCGCAUCGACGACCUAUCUGCAUCCUUCACACUGUGCCUCCAGUUCUACUCGCAAUGGCGGCGCUGCCGCGGAAGCGUGAAUCACUACCGCCGUCCUGAGAAUUCCGGUGCCGUGCCCAAGCCGCCUGUCAUCGCCCCCUGCGCCCUCUCGGCCUCUCUCGACAUGGGUGCCCAGACACGAGAGACCUUUACCAUCGGCCUGGCCAUUCUCGGUCCCGACUACGCUCAAGGAGACGACAUGUGCUGUCGUGCUCUGGCCAUCCAACAAGACCUCCUCCAGGACCAGGUGGCUCUGCUCCGGACAGCCAUCGCAUCGGCUACCAAACCGCUGGACAUCAACGUCAUCCUUAAAGCAUCCGAGACCGUGCGCGUGGCCACCAUCAAUGCCCUGGUCGAGUUGUAUCGGCGCAUGGCCGCUGGUCGGCCAGGCAUCCCGCGCGCGUUGCCUGUGCCCAAGUGGCGCUCGCCGUCGCUGCGUUCAAAGCCGCCCAAGACGAAGCGCGAGCUGCUGGCCAUGCUGCCGGCAUAUCCACCGUCGCCUGGUCCAUCCACCUGCUGCCGGUCGUUCAAGGAUGACGACGCCACAACGACCAGGUGGUCGGUUCUGUCAAGCCCGCUCGUCUUCCAGUCCGAGCCGCCAUCGCCCCCUCUGACUGCCACCAUGUCCGAAUGUGUCGCGCCUCUGCCGUCGCUGCCUGAGCUGGUCUUUAAUGCCUCUGCUGCCGGCAAGCGCGCCAGCUACCAGAGCUGGGUCCGGCCCCAGAACAGCGUUUUCAACAUAUUCUGCCCCGAGGCCAUGGCCUUGCAGGUCGACGUGUACAAGCUCGUACCUUCAGCGCGCAAAUGUCGCUGUGGCUACCGCUGGCAAGAACGUGCCUCUACCAGAUGCAGCACCCGGACGAGCACCCGAGCCAGCACCCGAGCCAGCGCGAGAAGCGGAAGCGAAGACAAGUCCAUAAUCCACAGAAACAAGAGCAUCAGCAGCAUGGAGAGCUCCGCCAGCUUCGUCAGCGCCAGGAGCACCCGCACCCUUCGCCACAGCCCAUCCACCACCACCAUCGUCCUCAAGGACGGCUUUAGCCUGUCGCCACGGUUCUUGGCCAAGAGCCACUGCGAAGGCGCUGAGAGCGGCUUCGGCUGCGUACUCUGCACGUCCAACGGCCUGACCGAGACUUACGGGACGGCCGAGGAUCUACGCGUUCAUAUCAACACAACCCACGACAAGUGGCAGAUGCUUCACGAUCGCGACCUGGCUUGA